GUUCCAUAACUUUUGCACAGACAAUAUGGCAGCUAAAGCACUAUUUCCAACAUUUUAUGAUGAGAAGACAAAAGUGUGGAGCGGGUUGCCCGUGCGUAAGCUGUACGAUCAAGACUGCUCGGUGGGCGAAAGAAUAUACAAUUCAGUCAAGAGCUAUCCCACAAAUGUCGUCCAAAUUUCGAAUAUGGACGAGCGUGUGGUAACCUUUGGAGAGGUGCACAUCUGGGCCGCACGCCUGGCUCUGUACCUGAAGAGUGAGGGACUUACUCACAAGGAUGUCGUCGGCAUUAUUGGCAAUGCCAGCACCUUCACCACCUCCCUUGUUGUGGGCUGCCUGUUUAACACGACUCCCUUCCAUGCCGUGGCUUACACCUACAUGAAGGAGCCACAAGUCAUUCAAGAUCUAUAUGAGACGACAAAGCCAAAGAUUAUGUUCUGCGAUGCCAAAGACUAUGGAGUCAUGAAGGAGGUAACUAAGGGUUGGAAUCCCAAGUACGUUACGCUAACUGGACGCGUCGAAGGCGUACCAUAUAUUGAGGAUCUGCUGAAGCCACAUCCCAUGGAGC